GUACAUAUAAAUAGUAGAGGCUAUUUUCCCUGUCAAUGGCACUUUCGGCUGUAGCAGCCGCCGUUACCACCACCAGUCGCCGCCCAAUUCUAUCACCAUCAUUAUCAAGCAGCCUCACUACCACCCUGACUCUACUCUUCAUCAGAAAACACUCUCCUCAUCACUCUCGGAGGCUGAUAACAACAAUGGCGGCCUCUUCAACGCUUACACCGGAGCAAAAAAUCACCGCACCAUACGGUUCAUGGUCCUCUCCCAUCACCUCAGACGUCGUGUCAGGAGCCUCCAAGGGUCUGGGAGGCACAGCCGUCGACUCUCACGGCCGAUUGUUCUGGCUUGAAUCACGACCUUCGGAAUCAGGACGAUUGGUUAUAGUUAAAGGGGGAAAUGACGAAAAUGAAGAAACCAUUGAUGUAACACCCAAGGAGUUCUCAGUGCGUACAGUUGCUCAAGAAUAUGGUGGAGGUGAUUUUUCAAUUUCAGGAGGCACUCUAGUUUUCUCCAAUCACAAAGACCAGAGACUUUACAAACAUUCUCUAGAUUCAAAAGAUUCUGCACCUUUGCCACUUACCCCUGAUUAUGGUGGACCUCUAGUGAGCUAUGCAGAUGGAGUUUAUGAUACAUCACUUAAUCGAUACAUCAGUGUUAUGGAAGAUCGACGUGAAAGUAGCUUGGAUGCAAUCACAAGCAUUGUGUCAAUAGACCUCGGUGAUAAUGGUGUUAAAGAACCAAAAGUGUUAGUCAGUGGAAAUGAUUUCUAUGCGUUCCCUAGACUUGACCCUGAAGGAAAAAGAUUGGCAUGGAUUGAAUGGAGCCACCCUAACAUGCCAUGGGAUAGAUCUGAACUAUGGGUUGGCUAUAUUUCAGACACUGGAGAUGUGUACAAACGAGUAUGUGUUGCAGGGGGCGAUUCUGCCAUUAUUGAAUCUCCAACUGAACCAAAAUGGUCUGAUGAAGGAGAAUUGUUCUUUGUGACAGAUAGAAAAACUGGUUUCUGGAAUCUUCACAGAUGGGUUGAAUCUGAUAACACAGUGGCACCAGUGUAUUCACUAGAAGCUGAGUUUGCAAAACCAUUAUGGGUUUUUGGCAUGAACUCUUAUGAAAUUCUCAAGGAACAUAAAAACUUAAUUGCUUGUAGUUACAGGCAAAAAGGAAGAUCAUAUCUUGGAGUUGUGGACAAGAAUAAGAACACAUUAUCCAUUCUCCAGACUCCUUUCACAGAUUUAAUGAAUAUUACUUCAGGUGUACGUUGUCUGUAUGUUGAAGGGGCAUCUGGAGUUCAUCCUUUAUCUAUAGCUAAGGUGACUUUAGAUGACGUGGCAUCAAAUGUGGUUGACUUCAAGAUUGUUUGGUCUUCUUCACCUACUAGUUCACAAUACAAAUCUUACUUCAGCUCCCCAGAAUUUAUUGAAUUUCCAACAGAAGUCCCUGGAGAAAAUGCGUAUGCAUACUAUUACCCCCCAACAAAUCCUAAUUAUCAAUCCAGUCAAGAAGAAAAACCUCCAUUGUUGUUAAAAAGCCAUGGAGGACCCACAGCUGAGACACGUGGCAUCUUGAGCCUUCCAGUCCAGUUUUGGACUAGUCGUGGUUGGGCUUUUGUGGAUGUGAAUUACGGUGGAAGUACUGGGUAUGGUCGGGAAUUUCGUGAAAGGCUUUUGAAACGAUGGGGUGUAGUCGAUGUCAAUGAUUGUUGCAGCUGUGCUCAGUUCUUGGUGGAUAGUGGAAAAGCAGAUGCUGGAAGACUAUGCAUAACUGGAGGCUCUGCUGGUGGUUACACAACUCUGGCUGCACUUGCAUUCAAGAAAACAUUCAAAGCUGGUGCUUCUUUAUAUGGUGUGGCUGAUUUGAAGCUGUUGAAAGAAGAAACUCACAAAUUUGAGUCGCGAUACAUGGAUAAUCUUGUUGGGGGUGAAAAGGAGUUCUUUGAGAGGUCACCUAUCAAUUUUGUGGAUCAAUUUUCUUGCCCUAUAAUUCUGUUUCAGGGAUUAGAAGACAAGGUUGUGCCACCUGAUCAAGCAAGAAAAAUAUAUAAAGCUUUGAAAGCAAAAGGAUUGCCUGUUGCUUUAGUGGAAUAUGAAGGGGAGCAACAUGGUUUUCGUAAGGCUGAAAAUAUCAAGUUUACACUUGAACAACAAAUGGUGUUUUUUGCACGUUUGGUGGGAGGAUUUAAGGUGGCUGAUGAAAUUGUUCCCAUCAAAAUUGAUAACUUUGACUAAAGACUUCAGUUCUCAAGACUCAUGGCACACAUAGAAAAGCCUCCAUGUCAUCAACUUUAUUUUAUAAAGGAUUUUCAGUGUGUUGAAAUGUAAAAUUCUGAGUUAUGGUGGUGAGUGUCGACUUUUGUUUUAUUGUGCUUCUGUUUGAUUUCAAUGUCGGAGGUUGCUUGCUGUAAGUUACAAUCAUACAGAUUAUGCAUUGUAUAUAAAUAAACUGGACUUUUUUUUUUCCUAAA